AUGGAUCAGUCGGUUCAGCGCUUGUUGAAUGACAAGCUCUACGACAAGAGGAAACAAGGUGCUCUGGAGCUCGAAAAGAUCGUCCGCGACGCAACAAUAAAAGGAGAACAUGACACGAUCCAGGAGAUCGUAGAUCAGCUAUGCCAUGACUACGCUUACGCUGUUCACCAGCCCCAUGCUCGCAAUGGAGGACUCAUCGGUUUAGCUGCGGCCUCAAUUGCGUUAGGAUCGGAAGGCGUGGCUCCUUACUUACAAGAAAUCGUUCCUCCAGUCCUCGCAUGUUUUUCCGAUCAGGAUGCAAGAGUGAGAUACUAUGCCUGCGAGAGCAUGUACAAUAUUGCCAAAGUCGCUAAGGGAGAGAUUUUACCUUUUUUCAACGAUAUCUUUGAUGCGCUUUGCAAGCUUGCCUCUGACUCCGAACUGUCGGUCAAAAAUGGUGCGGAACUUCUCGAUCGCUUAGUCAAAGAUAUCGUUGCCGAAUCAGCUGCGUCGUACGUUUCCGUGUUGCAACUUGGGGAAAAGCCUUUGCAAGACCUGGACCAUGGGAGAGAUAUAGAGGAAGCAUCUAUGGAUCUUCCCACUGCAUUCUCGCUUUCUAUGUUUAUACCGCUACUGCAAGAACGUAUACAUGUUCUCAACCCAUUUACUCGAACAUUCCUCGUCUCGUGGUUGACUCUACUCGAUACGGUUCCUGACUUGGAACUAGUUUGCUAUCUGCCAGCAUUUUUAGGAGGCCUGAUAAAGUUCUUGGGCGAUCCCAACAAGGAUGUGAAUGUUGCUACCCAGGGUCUUUUGGAAAGAUUUCUAUCAGAAAUCAAGAGAAUCGCGCGCAUCAAGAAAGGCAUUGCUGAAAGCAAGAAGAGUAAGGAUGAGAUUGUCGUACCAGCCACUAGUGAACAUACCAGCACUACUACUGGUCACAGCGAGGAAGUAGAGGAGAGCGACAAUGCUGUGGCGGAUUCAGUGUCUGUUGAUGCCGACGAUGAUGACCACAGCAUCGCUGCUGACGGCGAUUGGGUCCCUGGGCAAGACGCAAAUGUAGAUUAUCCAAAGAUACUUGAAAUACUCGUGGGGUUUGUGGAUACAACAUAUGAGGAGGAAAUGCAACUGACUGCACUGCGAUGGAUUGACGCUUUCUUUGAAAUUAGCCCAGAGGAUAUACUUCAGUUCGUUCCGGCGCUUUUAAUUCAGGUUCUUCCGGCAAUAUCAAGUGGGUCGGAUCAAGUACGGCAGGCGGCGACGAGAGUGAAUACCUCACUCAUGGAAUACAUUGUCUCUCUUUCAGAUGAUACACCUGAAAGCUAUCAAGCAACUACGUCAAAGGGUGCACCGACGUCGACAAAAGAAGGAGAAGAGAGAAGAGCUUCUGUGCAAAGUGGAAAGCCCUCUCUUGAAAAUCACAACAGUGAUGGCCCUUCUUCUAGUCCACCAUCAGACCUGGAUUAUGCAGCUGCGGUCAAUUCUCUGACCCUCCAAUUCCUAAAUGAAAAUGAGGGCACAAGAGUUGCUGCUCUCUCAUGGCUAAUCAUGCUUCAUCGGAAAGCACCUCGCAAGGUUCUAGCCUUUAACGAUGGCACGUUUCCUGCGCUCCUCAAGACAUUGUCAGACCCAGCCGAGGUGGUGGUUACCAAGGAUCUCCAGCUUCUUUCUCAAAUAUCGCGAAACAGCGAAGAUGGAUACUUCACGUCUUUCAUGAUCAAUCUCUUACAGCUCUUUUCUACCGAUAGGAAACUUCUCGAAGUCCGUGGUAAUCUGAUCAUUCGGCAACUUUGCAUGAACUUGAGUCCAGAACGUAUCUAUCGCACAUUAGCAGACUGCUUAGAGAAAGAAGAGGACAUAGAAUUUGCUAGUAUAAUGGUGCAAAAUCUCAACAAUAACUUAAUUACAGCUCCAGAACUCUCCGAUCUGAGAAAGCGACUUCGGAGCCUGGAUAGCAGAGAAGGGCAGACAUUGUUCGUUGCACUUUUCCGGUCAUGGUGCCACAACGCUGUUUCCACUUUCUCUCUCUGCUUGCUAGCACAGGCUUACGAGCAGGCUUAUAAUCUUCUUCAAAUCUUCGCGGAAUUAGAGAUGACAGUAAAUAUGUUGAUCCAGAUCGAUAAGCUGGUGCAGCUUCUGGAGUCCCCUGUUUUCACAUAUCUCCGAUUGCAGCUUUUGGAACCUGACAGAUAUCCAUACUUGUAUAAAUGCUUGUAUGGUGUCCUGAUGCUUCUCCCCCAAAGCUCAGCUUUUGCCGCUUUGAAGAACCGUCUCAAUAGUGUCAGCAAUAUUGGCCUACUACAAGGCCCACGUCCGCCUGCUGCUGGCUCUUACGAACGGUCUACAGCAGGAAGUCGCUUGAAAACCCGCGAAGACAGCUCCGUAAGGUGGGUGGAGCUUCUCGACAAGUUCAAGAACGUCCAAGAGAAGGCGAAACGGCACCAACGAGCCUCACAGCGGCAGUUUGAACAGGAUUCAACCGGGACUAUACAGAAACAUCCUUCACUGAUCGGUGCGUUAUCUCUAGCUGCUGCUACUGAUCAACAAGGCGGCAGAGAAAAAGUUUUUCCCGAUGUGCCUAAGAGUGGCUUUGGCAACACAGGACUAGGGAUAUCUGGUCGUGGGCCAGAGGGUCGAGAUGGUCGGUCUACUCCGACGUCUGCCAACAAAAGCAGGUCUAGUUUAAGUCAUCUAGGCCGACUGGGUAUUGGGGGUAAGAAGAAGCAUUGA